AUGCGUGCAUUGCACAGUAAAUUGCCAAAUAUUCGUUUACUGUCUAAAUUUUUAUUUGGCAAUUCAAAAACUCUAAAUACUGUACCUGCAGAAUUUUCACCUAUUCCUGAACCAAGACAUUAUGGUCGUGAUCAAGCAACAAAUCCGAAAGAUGAUCGUUUUAGUUUUACCACAG